AUGGCGAGGGACGGUGGCUCCCCCUGGGCCAUGGGGCUGCUGAAAACCUUCGAGGAGAGCGAGUUCAGCAGCUGGGAGAAGAUCGGCUCGGGAGGGUUCGGGCAGGUGUAUAAGGUGCGGCACCUCCACUGGAAGACCUGGCUCGCCAUCAAGUGUUCGCCCAGCCUCCAUGUGGACGAGAAGGAACGCAUGGAGUUACUGGAAGAAGCCAGGAAGAUGGAAAUGGCAAAGUUUCGCUACAUCCUUCCUGUUUAUGGCAUCUGCAAAGAGCCAGUGGGCUUGGUGAUGGAGUACAUGGAAACAGGGUCUCUGGAAAAGCUCCUGGCAUCCGAGCCCCUGCCCUGGGAAUUGCGUUUCCGCAUCAUCCACGAGACGGCCGUGGGGAUGAACUUCCUGCACUGCAUGUCCCCCCCGCUGCUCCACCUGGACCUCAAGCCUGCAAACAUCCUGCUGGAUGCCCACUACCAUGUCAAGAUUUCUGACUUUGGGCUUGCAAAGUGCAAUGGCUUGUCCCAUUCCCAUGACAUCAGCAUGGAUGGCUUGUGUGGCACGAUUGCCUAUCUUCCUCCAGAACGCAUCAAGGAGAAAAACAGGUGUUUUGACACCAAACAUGAUGUGUACAGCUUUUCCAUCGUGGUUUGGGGAGUUCUUACACAGAAGAAGCCUUUUGCAGAGGAAAACAACAUUUUACAUAUUAUGGUAAAAGUAGUUAAAGGCCACCGCCCAGAGCUACCUGCUGUUUCCAAAUCCAGACCUCAUUCAUGUAAUAACUUGAUCAAACUGAUGCAAAAAUGUUGGCAAGAUGAUCCUGGUGAACGGCCAACAUUUCAAGAAAUCACUUCAGAAACAGAGGCCCUUUGUGAAAAACCAGAAGAUGAAACAAAAGAGAUGAUAACUCAGGACCUGGACAUCAAGAAUGCCCCAGAGCAGCAGCCUGAGGGGAUUUGUGCACUGUCCCAGAAGAAACAGGAGCCUGCUCUACCAUCAGUUAAGGAUUACAGUCUCUCAGAGUUGUUGUCCCAGUUGGAUUCAGGGAUUUCACAGACUAUGGAAGGCCCUGAGGAUCUCAGCCGCAGUUCUUCUGAGUCCAAACUUGCCUCCAGUGACAAGCGGCUUUCAGGAGUUUCAUCUGUAGAUUCAGCUUUUUCAUCCAGAGGAUCCCUUUCCCUUUCCUUUGAAAGGGAGAGUUCAGAUAUUGGUACUACAGACAUACAGAAGAGGAAGCUAACGGAGGCAAUUUUAUCCGGAGAUACCAGCAAGCUGAUGAAGAUCCUCCAGCCUCAAGAUGUUGAUAUUGUUUUAGAUGGGAACUCCAGUCUUCUGCACUUGGCUGUCGAAGCAGGUCAAGAAGAAUGUGUCAAAUGGCUCCUGCUGUACAAUGCUAACCCUAAUCUCACCAACAAGAAAGGGUCCACCCCUCUUCACAUAGCCAUCGAGAAGAAAUUCAAAAGCAUCGUGGAGCUGAUUAUGGCCAGGAAAAUCAACGUCAACGCCAAAGAUGAGGACCAGUGGACAGCUCUUCACUUUGCUGCCCAAAAUGGGGAUGACUUCAGCACCAAAAUGCUGCUUGAUAAGAACGCAUCCUUAAAUGAGGUGGAUUUUGAGGGCAGAGCCCCCAUCCACAUAGCCUGCCAGUACGGCCAGGAGAACAUCGUGCGCAUCCUGCUGCGGAGAGGCGUCAAUGUGAACAUCAAGGGGAAGGAUGACUGGGUGCCCCUUCACUACGCCGCCUGGCAAGGCCACCUCCCCAUCGUCAAGCUGUUGGCCAAGCAGCGCGGCGCCGACGUCAACGUGCAGACCCUGGACGGAAGGACCUCGCUCCACCUGGCCGCCCAGCGGGGUCACUACCGCGUCGCCCGCCUCCUCAUCGACCUGGAGUCGGAUGUCAAUGUCAGGAAUGGGCUGCUGCAGACUGCUCUCCACAUCGCCGCUGAGACCGGCCACACGAGCACCUCCAGGCUGCUCCUCAAGCACGGGGCAGACAUCGAGGCCGCCACGGCAGAAGGAUACACGGCCCUGCACUUGGCAUCCCGCAGCGGCCACUUAGCCACAACAAAGCUGCUGGUGGAUGAAAGGGCCAGCGUUCUAGCCAGAGGCCCUUCAAAUAGGACAGCGUUGCACCUUGCUGCGGAAAAUGGGCACUCUGAGGUGGUAGAAGAACUUGUCAGUGCAGAAAAUAUCAAUAUUUCUGACAGUGAGGGGUUCACGGCUCUUCACCUGGCUGCGCGAGGGGGGCACGCGAAGGCAGUGGAGGUUCUCCUCAAGCACGGGGCUCACACUGACAUGCCGAGACCCAAGUGUCAGACCCUGCUCCUGCCUGCUCAGCAGAGCAGGAAUAGCUCAUUUACCAUGUUGUUAAGUGACACUUAA